AUGGCAGUACCUUCCUCAUUCCCAGCCUUGCUUGAACAUCUGGCAAAUACUUUAAACUCUAUAUCAGAACAUUCUGAUCUUUCCCAAACUCUAGCCGCUCCCAAGGAUGGAAUAUCCCUUCUUGAUGCCAAGAAUGAACUUUUCCUCUCAUAUUUACAGAAUCUAGUUUUUCUCAUAACUCUCAAGAUACGAAAUAGCUGCAAAGAUACGGACGAUGUCUCCGACAGUCUGGAAAAUUCAGUCGUUAAAAAAUUAGUUGAAUUACAAUUAUAUAUCGAGAAGGGAGUGCGGCCUCUAGAGAACCGAUUGAAAUAUCAAAUCGAAAAAGUUAUCCGAGCUCACGAUGAUUCAAAACAGAUUGAAGAUCUCAAGCAUAGCAAGACACACGGGAAGCCCACCCAAAGCAGCAAACAAGAGCAUUCUCAAAUCGAAAGCGACGAUGACUCUGAGGAUAAUGCUACUUCUAUUGCACCAGUGAUUCAAGACUUACAAUACCGACCUAACCCCACUGCAUUGAUUCCAAAGUCCUCUACAUUUGUAGAGAAAUCAGAAGGUGGUGUCUACAAACCCCCCAGAAUCCAGGCGACAUCUAUGCCUACAACAACACGUCGUGAAAAAGAAAACAAAAAGCCCAUGAAAUCUGCAACGAUUGAUGAAUUUAUCAACAACGAAAUGGGGACAGCACCAAUAUCUAUGCCAAGUGUCGGAUCAACUAUCUUAGGAGGCGGAAGGACCAUGAAUAAUGACAAGCAGAGGAAUGAAGAAAAAGAGAGGAGGGAAUAUGAAGAACGAAACUAUGUCCGCCUUCCCAAAGAAAGUAAAAAAGAGCGCGCGAAGAAAGGCGGUAAAAGAGAAGCUGGAUAUGGCGGUGAGGAAUGGAGGGGAUUAGAGGAUGGAAUUGAUCGAAUUGAAAGUUUGACUAAAAAGAAAUCUGGAGAUCGGAUGUCUAUUCUAGAAAAAAGUCGUAAAAGAUCUAAAACUAACGAAGACACAAAAGUUCAUGCUGAUAUUGGAGAGCAUUAUCGGAAGAAGUUAAAGACACUUGAUAGUGGCAGAAGAGAUAGAGGACGUAAAUGA